GUUCUACUCCUCGUAUCUCUUCUGAAUCAUCAAUCGCCUACCUAUCUCUUCACUUGUCGACAUACCAAACUAGCGAACUUUCCUCUUACACCUGCCUACCUACCAGAUCAACUUCGCAACCAGUUAAAUACUGUCCACUGCCUAUCCGCCCUCUCUGAGAAUACGAAUUGGCACUGUAACAUCGCCUUUAUCAACCCAAGUCCUGCUUCAAGAAGUGUCUCGUUUUUCAUCAUCUCCCACUGCGAGGGCAAGCGACCUUUGACUGAACUUGAAGCAACAACAUCUCGUCUUAAGCAUCCCAUACAUAUCCUCAAUUACCGCACUCGCAAAUCGCCUCGCGCUAACUACACCCUCUCCAUCCUGCAAAAUGACCCGAUCUCACAAGGCCAACGACCGUGACCACAAGGGCAUCGCCGAGGGGACUAUGCUCCCUACGGAAACUGUCCCUCGCUUCUUUGGUAAGAGCGGCUUUGCCGACGUCGACCCCAAGAAGGUGAAGAAGGACGGCUCUGGUCGAGGCAACUGGGGAACUGUCAACGAUGACAUCGCUGGCGAGCAGUUCACCUUUACCAAUACCCGCCGCCGCUCCAACAGUAGCAGCUUCUCUCAUGUUACCGAUUUCAAGACUAAGUUUGAGGUCAAUGAGCCCGAACCCGUCUUCGAGGAGUCACUUCACGGCCCUGAAGAGGAAGACCAUGAAGACCUCACCAAGACCGACUCUUCCGAGAGUGGUCGAUCUUCUUCUUGAUCGAUCUACUGUAUCUUUACUGAGGGAUCGGCAUUCACUGCUGGUCGCUCUGUAUAGUGGCAGCGGCACAUGAGGGGGAUGGCAUGUAUUGAAAUUGUGAUGGACGUUUGAUCUUUCAUUUACAGCUACGAAACGAGAUGCGAUGGAACGAAUGGAAACCAGAAAUUAUAACGCUUUUACAGCGGCAACGACGGAUCAAACAAUUUAGGGGCUAUGGUAGCGGUUAUGGAUGGAGAUGAGAAACUCAGAUCUCCACGAGGAUCAUGGCUUUUACGACCGGCUGCGAAGUUAUCUUCCAAGCGGAACGAUGUAUUACUUGUAUCACUAUCUUAAUUAGCUUUGACAUCGAAGCGAGCAAUACAGCUGGGCACAGCUGACAAACAUCAGACAAAGACACUCAACUAGUAAGCUAUGUGAAGUUGAACUUAAUUUUAUAUGA